UCUCGGAUCCUCCCGCAAGUCUUAUUCACAGCUUCUCACGUUGAGGACAGAGAGAGAGAAAAGGGGGAGAAACGAGAAGAAAGCCACACGAAGACCAAACACGAAGCAGCAGCAGCGGCAGGGGCGCAGCGGAGCGACCAUGGCGAUCCCCAAAGCGUCUCAGCCCGAGAUAGUGUCCGAUCCCUGCGCACCUCUACCGCCGCCGACUACCGCACGGAGCACGCAGCCGCACAACAGACAGAGCCCCGAUGAAUGAGGAGCCGUACCCGCGCCGUGGGGCAACAUGAGGGUCAUCUUCAUCCAAAACGCCGGUUUCGUCGCAGCUUUCUCGCCUUUCCGAUGUGAGUCGGUGAUGUCGGCAGCGUUUAGGACCACAGACGAGGUGAACGAGGCAGGAGUUACACACAGCUAGAUCACACCAAUUGAUUCAUUGGGAGAGAGCUUUCACAACCAUUAUAGCCAAUAUACAUAUAUAUAUAUAAAUAUAUUAUUUCAUAUUUGAAUCCAACGUGUUGUCAGAUUCCGGCAUGUUGCCCACUGUCGAAAUCUGAAGACAUAUUUUAUUACAUAUUAGCACUAUAAUUAAUUGUUAUCCUGUGAUACAGGACUAUGUAUCGGCUAAUUAUGUACCAAUGAUGUUAGUUUAGAGUGGAUGAUUCAUUUAGUAGACUAAGUAGGAUAAUACCAUGAACAGGUAGGAGGAAGAACAUUCCUGUUCACUUUGAUCAAAGCCAAUCGAUCAAGCGAGACAAUCUGGAAAUGUCACUUUCCACAUGUAAUAGUAGGCUACACGUUAUUCCUUAUAAUUUAUUUAUUUAUUAUUACUAUUAGACCUUUUAAGUAUUACAUUAGCAUCUUACUUUAGCUAGGUAGUUUGACAUAUUUAACAGUGGGAAGGUUGUUUAAAACACUUCCCUAGUGAGAUGGAAACCGCUUAUUUAUCGCCCCUCCGGGGGGCCCAGAAGGGCCAAACCUCAGCGGCAAUACCGGCGAGAGGUGACCUCUCCCCGCCUCCCCCGGCUCCAUCCCUCCCUGCCGGCAGCUCGGUCGAAGAGACCCCGGCAAGCGGCGAUGGACGGAGGGGCUCGGGCGUGAAGAAACACCACCACAAGCACAAUUUGAAACACCGCUACGAGCUGCUGGAGACGCUGGGAAGAGGCACCUACGGCAAGGUCAAGAAGGCCAUCGAGCGCCGCUCCGGCAGAGAGGUUGCUAUCAAGUCCAUUCGCAAGGAGAAGAUCAAGGACGAGCAGGACAUGGUUCACAUACGUCGAGAGAUUGAGAUCAUGUCAUCCCUCCGCCACCCACACAUCAUCUCUAUAUAUGAAGUGUUCGAGAACAAGGACAAGAUCGUGAUAGUGAUGGAGUAUGCGAGCAAGGGCGAGCUGUACGACUACAUCAGCGAGCGGCGGCGCCUGAGCGAGCGGGAGACGCGACACUUCUUCAGACAGAUAGUCUCCGCCGUGCACCACUGCCACAAGAAUGGAGUGGUGCACAGGGAUCUGAAACUGGAAAAUGUGCUACUGGAUGAAAACUGUAAUAUUAAGAUCGCUGAUUUUGGGCUGUCCAACCUCUACCAUAAGGACAAGUUGCUGCAAACCUUCUGCGGCAGUCCGCUCUACGCUUCACCAGAGAUCGUCAAUGGGAGACCUUACCGUGGCCCAGAGGUGGACAGCUGGGCUCUUGGGGUGCUGCUGUAUACCCUGGUCUACGGGACAAUGCCAUUCGAUGGUGGAGACCACAAGAACCUCAUCCGCCAGAUUAGCAACGGCGACUACAAAGAGCCCACUCAGUCCUCGGACGCCCGGGGACUGAUCCGCUGGAUGCUGAUGGUGAACCCCGAGCGCCGGGCCACGGUGGAGGACAUAGCCAACCACUGGUGGGUGAACUGGGGCUGGAAGAACAGUGUGUGUGACUGCGAGACCCAACGCGAUCACGGAGGCUCGCCCAUGCUGGCCCGCUUCAUCGACUGGCAGAACCGCACUGAGCCACGUGGUUCUGGAGCCAAGGCUGCCGCGUUGCCGCAGCUGCUGCGCCAGAGGCCGAAAAAAUCCAAGAAGGAAAAUGUCGAAGCCGGGGAGGCCCACUGCGGAGCAGAGGACAAGCCGGGUCUGAAGAGACCCAAGGGCAUCUUGAAGACCAGGGUCGCCGGGGAGCAGCGGUCUGCCAGUCUGGAAGAAGUGGAGCUGAGCCAGGCAGCGGUGCCCAAUCAGGCCGAAGGUGCAGAGGAAGCCUCGAGUCCAGUUCAAGAGGAAGAGGAGUUGAGUCUGGGAGGAGGCUCGCCUGCGAAGAUGGUGCCCUCGCUGCCCAGGAAAGGCAUCCUAAAGAACAACCAACAGCGGGAAUCCGGGUACUACUCCUCCCCGGAGCGCAGCGAGUCCUCCGAGCUCCUAGGGGGUGCUAGUAUGUCACUGCUAGCCACUUCCCCGCCCAGAAGAUUGAUGGGUAGAAAGGGCAUCUUGAAGCGAAACGGCAAAUACUCCACCUACAGCGGGCCUCCGUCGGCGGCAGCGGUGGCCGGUGUCCUCGGUGAGCCUCAUCCCUCGACCGACUCCGGUCUGUCGCGCAGUCAGAGUCGGCCCUCCAGCAUCGUCGGGGAGGACAGCUCCGUCCUGUCCCUGUCGCCCACCUCCAUCAGUGGGGCCGAGUGGCACCCCUCCACCCCCCACCUCCGCCCGAACAUCAGGGCCUGUGUCUCAGCGGAAAACCUGCUGCAGCUCGCCAACUUCCAGGGCUUCCAGGCGGCCCCGCCGCUCCAGGGACCCAAGUUCAGCCGCGGCCCCAAAACGAAAGGCUCCCCGGGGGACAAUGGCAGCUUCUCCUUGCUGGGGGACCUGGAGGACAUGACUCAGGUGUACCAGCAAGCCCUGGACAUCAGCGGCAACCUCACCUAGCAGAUGGGCGGCGGAGAGGGAGGACGCGGACGGAAUUGACCAUGACUGUGUACGUGUGCGCAUGUGUGUGAUGUUUAUCGGUGGCAUUAACGACCAGUGUGUUACUGGGAUACACCUUUUGGGAAGUAGUGGUUUUCCAAAUGGGGCUGAAAUCUUGUUGGGAAAUGAUAUGUUCUUUGCACAUAAAUACACACACUCGUGCACCUCUCUGACCGGAGGGGAUUCCGUUCGCGGCGCAGGAGAAUGCCACCCAGUCUGCUUUCUUGGCCCGCCCGUAGACUUUGCUGUGUUCAACAUGUUUACAUAUUCAGCAUGAAGGCAAGUUAGAAUCACAAACGCAGCCACCAGAAGCUGGUCGGCUCUCCUUGUGCACCACCCAUUUUGAGUUUGAGUUUACAAAAGCACCUUAAAACUCACACAGAGCACACGCUUUUGUGAUCUUUACUUCCUUUAAAAAAAAAAAUAGAGAAACAAACCAGGGUCUUGUUCCAAAAAAAAAAAAACUGACAUUGCUGAUUAUUUAUUAAUAUUUUUGUAGCUUUUUAGUUUUAAGUGCAAAACUGGUGGGCGCUGGCUGUUACUGGAAGAGUUCAAAGCUCCUUGUCUCGGACUCUUUGAGUGGAUCUGACAUAUUUAAUGAUGUUACUCCUUGGUGAGAAACAUAUAUAUACUCAGCAUAUAUAACUGUGUCUGCGCUUGUAAAACACGUAGACAAAUAUACCUUCAUAAAAGCGUAUGUCCUAUGUAUAUGUAUUAUACCAGGGAAUAUGUAGGAAGUGCCUUUUUUGAUUCAUAAUUAAGAAUUAUUUAUGUCAUUUCCUUAAAGUGGAGAGAAAAGCCAGGCCAACCUGUCACCAGUUGUGCUUUUUUUUUUUUUUGGAAUAAUUGAAUAUAAGUGAAUGUGGAGAGACGCAGGGCCUUCAGCACACAGCCGACUAGCUUUACUUGCUUUGGGGGUUCAAAGGUCAAACCGGGACAGUUGAGAUCAAACAGACUCGUCUCCUUCCACAUGUAGAAUCACACACAGAUACGACCUCAGAGAGACCUCCUCCGUGCUCUUUGUCUGGGUUUAAGCCCAUAGUUCGGUUUGUCAGCAGUUUAGUGGGUUUGAUGAGCACAGAUUUGCUGGCAGCACCAGGAGGUCUGGAGGGACUCACCUAGUGGGGCAUUUAGUGAAGGGAGAUGGGCCAGACACCAUGUCACAGUCCUGGAAUGUUCCCGCUUCACUCAACCUUGGAGGUUUUCACAUUUUUCGGGGCUACCUGAUAAAACUACCUGAGAAUCUUUCAUUGUCUUUUCUUUUUUUCUUUUUUUUUUUACCAAAGACACGCAACGUGGUUUUCCUAUUUUCAAGCUUGUCGACAUUUUACCCGAAGCUCUCUUUAAAACAUCCAAAUAAGAGGAUUUGUUCGGGUUGCUGAUGACGCUGCGAAUUCCUCAGACAAAGGCUGGAGACGUGUUGGUGCUAGAGAUCUGUAUCAGGCCCGGCCCGACUCAGCACAGGUGGGAUCUGCGGUGCGUGCUUAGCCCUCCAGCUGUGUACACUAGUCCAUUAUGUCAACGGAGCACAACUAGCCAGCCGUUGUUUUCAUUCGAGAGUAAGAGAGAGACGUGGAGGUUGAUAGCUAAAGGGAGAAGAGGAGUGUGUGAAGGAGUGAUGCUCGGAAAGGCUCGGAGGUCAGACAGGACCUUCCUGUAGAACACAGGAAAGGUCGAGGUGUUCGAUUUAUUGAAGGAAUUGUAAAGUGGAAUAGUGAAAGUAAAGAACGUGAGUAGAAAGAGUUGACGUUGAAGUUUUUAAACCCAGAAUGUAUUGAAGGUUUGGCGUGAGGGAGGAAUGGUUAGGUUAGGGACUAACGGGAGUCCCGAUCAAUGAAUGAAAUCAUCCCCACAUUGGCUUUUUCUUUUGGAGUUUUUAUUUGAGAUGCUGUUUGUACUGAUUGUCUUCAGUCAGUGUGCGAUUUGUGUGUCCUGCGUGGCAAAAGUGUUUAACGCUCCGUUCCGCAGCAGAAAGUGGGAGAACGGUGACUGACAUCAUCCAAAAUACCAAAUGAUGUGGUUGGAAGAACCUGCAGUAAACAUCGCAGAGGAAACGCAUCUCAUGUUGAAUGCAGGGUUCCUCUGGUGUGAAGCAAAGGUCCUGGGUCUUAAUUCCAAUGACCCCGUUGCGUAUUAUAUUGCAUUUUUAUUGCCUUUUUAUAUUGCAUUUUAUUGUCAACUGGAUUUACAGUGAGAAAAUUAUACUAUGUUAGUAUUUUUGUUUCAUUAUGCUUCUGUUUUUGAUUUUCCAAAAUAUAAGAAACUUUAUAUUGCUUUAUGUUAUGGCAGAAAAUACUUCAGAUCUGAUCAGAAGUUGGUGUAGUCUCAGAUUCCAACUGUUUUGCUACACCUGCAGGAGGAAGAAGUUCAGUUCAGAAGUAGUUCAUGAAAAACCUACAAAAAACACUUGAUGAACUGGCAAAGGGUCAGAAUGGUCAUUCAUGUUUUGAUGGCUGACCCGAAGAAAAUUGGAUUUGCUCUUCUACCAAAGUUGGCAAGGUCCAAAAUGCAUCAGGACUAAAAGAAAAUAAAGCAAUGGAAGGAAUCUGAUGGUGAAACUUUAACUCUGCCAAACUGGAAAUACGUGGUGCAUAUCUGUUAGUUAGCAGUAGUCUAAUCAUACGAAAACUUGACUGGAUAUUGUUAUGACAAUAAUAAUAAAUUAGUAUUAUUAUGAUAUUUAAGUAUUAUUUUUGUUAUGGCUCAUUACCAUUGAUGGCUAUUGCCACAGUUCUUUUUGUCUGUUGGUGAUCCUGGACUGCCAAGGUGGAUUAAGUCGUGUGCCUUUGGUAUCUUUCACGAACCCUUUUUUUUUCUUUUUUGAUAAUGAAAAUGAUUAUCAAUGUGUUUUGAUACUUGUAUUUAUUGGUGAUCAAGCCAUUUCCUUUGUUGUCCAAAUACUCCCUUUUCAUGCUUCGGCCUACUUUAGACUGUGUGUUGUGUUCAGGGCCGACUGCACACAAAAACAACAAUUGUUUGUACGAAAUCGAGUGGUUUCAUCUCAUUGUGAAAGCAGCGAUCAGCCGUGUUAUUUUUAAGAGUAAGAAAUGACUCCUCGAAUCCUAUAAAAUGUCAUAAUAGUCCAUCCGGGUGCAUUUCUACUCGACACAAUGUUGCUGUAGUACUGAAUCAACUCAAAUAAAUGGAUCUUGAAAGUUACACAUA